UGGGGCAGAGGAGCCAGAGGGAGGUGAGAUCGGGAGAAGACGGCCUAUGGGGACGGCUACCACAGCUCCGGCCACCUGACCCCUGAGAGACUCUGCCAUGGGGCAGCCCAGGAUACAGGAGCCAUGGGGCAGCUCACCGGGCUGCCAGAGGUGCAUCACUGGGAGCCGGCUGGGCUGGUUUGGCCACAAGGAGCCUAGGAUAUGGGGGACCCUCCAUGGCACAGACAGCUCGACGGACAUGCCAACCAGGGGGCUCUCGGUGCCGGCCGGACAGAGGAAAUGUCCGGCUUCGGGGGAAGCUCAGGGCUUGGCAGAGACUCGGCCAUGGAUGGAGACGCUUUGUGGGGAGCAGCGCACACUGCUUGGGGAUAAGGAAUAUGUCGGGUUCGCCACCCUCCCCAACCAGCUGCAUCGGAAAUCUGUGAAGAAGGGAUUCGACUUUACUCUGAUGGUGGCAGGGGAGUCUGGGCUGGGGAAGUCAACGCUGAUCGACAGCCUGUUCCUGACGGAUCUGUACAAGGAUCGGACCCUGCUGGAUGCCCAGGCGCGCAUCCCACAGACCCUGGUGAUCGAGCGACGCGCUGUGGAGCUGGAGGAGGGCGGCGUCCGGGUGAAACUCACCGUCGUGGACACCCCGGGCUUUGGGGACGCUGUGGACAACGCUGACUGCUGGGGGUCCAUAGUGGACUAUAUUGACCAGCAGUUCGAGCAGUUCUUCCGGGACGAGAGCGGGCUGAAUCGGAAGAACAUCACAGAUGGGCGAGUGCACUGCUGCCUCUACUUCCUCUCGCCCUUCGGCCAUGGGCUGCGCCCCCUGGACGUGGCGUUCCUGCGGGCCGUGCAGCACAAGGUGAACAUCGUGCCGGUGAUCGGCCGAGCCGACGCGCUGACCCCCCGGGAGGUGGGGGCCAUGAAGGAGAAGAUCCGGCAGGAGCUGGAGGAAAAUGCCAUCAGCAUCUACCAGUUCCCCGACUGCGACUCAGACGAGGACGAGGAAUUCAAGGCCCAGGACGCGGAGCUGAAGCGCAGCAUCCCGUUCGCCGUGGUUGGCUCCAAUGACAUCGUCCGGGAGACCAAGGAAAAGGCUUUCCGGGGCCGCACGUACCCCUGGGGGGCGGUGGAAGUGGAGAACCCGGCGCACUGCGACUUCCUGAAGCUGCGCACGAUGCUGGUGCGGACGCACAUGCACGACCUGAAGGAGGUGACCCAGGAGAUUCACUACGAGAACUACCGGGCGCAGUGCAUCCAGAGCCUGAGCCGCGUGGGCGCCCGCGACCGCGCCAGCCGCAUGAAACUGUCCCGGCAAAGCGCCACGGAGCUCCCGCUGCUGCCGCUGGAGACGGAGAAACUGAUCCGGGAGAAGGACGAAGAGCUGCGCCGGAUGCAGGAAAUGCUGCAGAAGAUGCAGGCCCAGAUGCAGCAGAGCCAGGGGGAGCAGUCGGCUGCCCUGUGAGGAUUUCGGGGUCCCCCCGGGGGCACUACCCCACAUGGAGCAGCAGAAGGGACGGGGGCAAUUCUCUGGGGCAGCCUGCUAAGCAGCACUCGCAGCCCCCCAGAUCCCUGCUCGCCAGAGCCCCCCAGGCUCCUAAAUUCCCUGUUUCCACAAUCACCCCAUGUUCUCCCCCUUCCUGGCUUUGCCCCUAAUGCCUCCUUCAAUAAACUCACCCCGUGUUUGCA